AUGUCUCAUGAUAUUCCAUGGCCUCCAAUGUCACCCCAUGCCGCCAUCCUCAGCUCACCUAGUGGACGCAAAAAGCACGGUGCCCUCCAAAAUUCCGCAUCGCCAACGAAACACUUGGCCACCACCCCUAGUAUUACGGAUCAUCUGCGAACAGCUCGCAGAGACAGAGAUUUCUCGCCACAAGAACAAGAUAUGCAAGAGGAUCUCGAAGAAGAUGAAGAGAUGCUACAGCUGAAGCUUGCUGCCAUUGAGGCGAAAUUGAAAUUGAAAAAGCUGCAACAAAACAAAGCCAGGGCUGCUACUCCAGGAAGAGGUUCGUCCCGACCUAGUUCGGUACAUGGACCAGACUCGACAUCUUCCAGAUUGCUUUCCAUGCAUCAAGAGCCUAUCACACAAAUACCACACGUCGAAGUCAGAGGAUCCCCGACAAAACGAUUACAAACCGCUCCGCAACCGAAGCCUUCCUCUCGAGUUCUCCUCGGAAUAGAUCAAGGACUGCGAGGGAGCGAUGUGUCUUUGCGCAGGGCAAACACUACCUCUGGCAGUACUCGACAGAGAAAGGAGAACCUCCUUUCAGGCGGUGACAGACCUUUAUCGAGAUCAUCGGCUUUCAAUUCAGCACGCUCCGUCGUCUCGUCCAAAUCGAAUUCCCGUACCGAGACCAGGAAGACUUUCAGUGAGCGAAUGGUAGAGGCUCGCGAACGAGAAGUUAACAACGGAAGUCAACGGGAAGCAAUCAACCGAAACCGCAGCAAUGGGUUUGAGCUAGAUCAAACAGAAAUUGAAAGCUAUCGCCUGCUUGCAGAAGAGUCUCGCCCGCAUGAACAUCCAAGAUCACCCACGCGAUUACAACACCGAGCGGGAUACAGUCGUAAUGAAGUGCUCUCGGCUGCAGCAGAGGCCAAUUCUGGCAUACGACACCUUAGGAAGACUCGAAGUUUAUCCGAGAUCCAGGAAGGAGUGUCCAAACUAUCACAGCAACCCGAGGAAAUUGAGACACAGCGCGCAGAUGCCGCUCUGUUCGAAGGGUUCUCCCAGCUCCACCUAUCCUCUCGCAUACUGCCGCACACCUUCCUGAAGCGCACUCUCCCCUCUGACCGAUUCACAAUCUACCGCAUCCCAGACCUCUUGAAAGCCGUGACAUCACCCGAUUACGAGCUUCCAGACGGAGUGUGUGACUACGUUGUCUUCGGCGCGAUCGCUUCCAAAUCAUCUCCAAUGGACCACAAGAAACGGACUACCGACACCACGACCGUAGGCACCAACGAUUGGGAACGGCAAUGGGAAGAUGGAUCACGGAAUCAACGGCUCUUCAUGGUCUUCACACUCACUGACCUCAAAUGGACGAUUGAUUUGUACCUGUUCGACACCGCUCUCCCACGCUACCACCGACUCACUCCCGGAACAGUGAUCGCCAUUCUCAAUCCUCAAAUCAUGCCCCCUAAGCCCGGAAAGACAGAUACAGGAGCGUUCAGCCUGACACUCCACGACGGCGAUGACACAGUCUUGGAAAUCGGCACCGCAAGAGAUCUAGGCUACUGCAAAACGCUUAAAAAAGAUGGCAAAGAAUGCGGUAGCUGGGUUGACGCGUCCAAAACCGGCAUUUGCGAAUGGCAUCUUAACGCACAGCUGGACAAAACCCGCGCGCGACGCAUGGGCGUCAAUGCCGGUACGAAUGGAUACGGGCGCCACAACUUUUAUGACAAGAACAGCAAAGGUAAUGGAUUAUUGUCGAAAGAUGGCCGAAGAUACGACCCCAACUCAGGAAGUCACUUCUACAUCGCGAAAUCGAACACAGGAGCCAGUCACGGUUCCCGACCCGGCCAGAAACGUGGAGGUUUCCUAGAUGAGGACGACCCAUUCAUCCCCGAAGGCCAAUUACAACGCGACCGUGAUGCGCGGGUGAGAAAACACCUCGCAGCUCAGGAAAAAGAGCGAGAGAUCGCGGAGAAACUUGGUUCAAGCCACAGCUUGGGCUUUGGGAGCGCUGGUGCUGAGUAUCUUCGACAAAAAGCCAAAGAUAGAACGCAAGACAAAGAUGAAGAUAGAGAAACAGCGGCGAAGUCCAACGACGGAUCUGCCUCUACCUCUAUCUCUCAGCACAAUCCGGUAUCGAUGUCCAGGGAAGCAAACUAUCAACACCAUCGCCAACAACAUCAAGAAGGGGGAAGUCAAGGCUCCUCUCUCGCGCGCGCCACUAGCAUCCUCAACACGGGUGGAACAAGAAAACGCACUGCGAGAGAUGUGCGCCUGUCGCCUGUGAAGAAAACGCGCUUCGUUACGGAGAAGGGUAUUCGCGAGGCUGGGCGAGAGAGCCUUGGUGUUGCUGGCGCCCAGCCUCUCGGUGAUAGCGAUGAUGAGCUGGAGAUUGUUUGA